AUGUCCACAACAGAGACCGCUACGCCUAUUGGCAUUGCCAACCUCCCUAACCAGAGGCACAAGAUUGUCGCGAAGCGGGGUGCGGCCUUUACUAUUAUGGUUGCUGGAGAAUCGGGAUUGGGAAAGACGACCUUCAUCAACACCCUCUUCUCUACCACCAUCAAGAACUAUGCCGAUCACAAGCGCCGCCAUCAGAAGCAGGUUGACCGCACCGUGGAGAUUGAGAUUACCAAGGCCGAGCUCGAGGAGAAGUUCUUCAAGGUCCGCCUCACCGUUAUUGAUACCCCUGGCUUCGGAGACUACGUGAACAACCGCGAUUCGUGGCAGCCCAUUAUCGAGUUCCUGGAUGACCAGCACGAGUCGUACAUGCUCCAGGAGCAGCAGCCCCGCCGAACCGACAAGAUUGACAUGCGUGUGCACGCUUGUUUGUACUUCAUCCGCCCCACCGGUCACACCCUGAAGCCUCUCGACAUUGAGGUCAUGAAGCGCCUGAGCUCCAGAGUCAACCUGAUCCCCGUUGUUGCCAAGGCUGAUACCUUGAGCCACGGCGAUCUGGCCCGUUACAAGGAGAGAAUUCGCGCUGUCAUUGAGGCCCAGGGCAUCAAGAUCUACUCCCCUCCCGUCGAGGAGGACGACGAGCACGCCGCUUCCCACGCCCGCAGCCUCAUGGCUGCCAUGCCUUUCGCCGUUAUCGGUUCCGAGAAGGAUGUCAAGGCCAACGACGGCCGUGUUGUCAAGGGCCGUCAAUACGCCUGGGGUGUUGCCGAGGUUGAGAACGAGGACCACUGUGAUUUCAAGAAGCUCCGCUCAAUUCUGAUCCGCACUCACAUGCUCGACCUUAUUCACACCACCGAAGAAUCGCACUACGAGGCCUACCGUGCCCAGCAGAUGGAGACCCGCAAGUUCGGCGAGGCGCGACCACGCAAGCUCGACAACCCCAAGUUCAAGGAGGAAGAGGAGACCCUGCGCAAGCGCUUCACCGAACAGGUCAAGGUCGAGGAGCAGCGUUUCCGCCAGUGGGAGCAGAAGCUUAUCUCCGAGCGCGAUCGCCUCAACAAGGAUCUCGAGGCCACCCAUGCUGCGAUCAAAUCCCUCGAGCAGGAGAUCGAGGGUCUCCAGGGAUCCAGCACCCGCAGCCACGGACGUCGUUAA